GACUAUGCUGAGAAGGAGAAAGCUGCAGCCAAGGCUCUGGAGGAUGUGAAGGCUAACUUCUACUGUGAACUAUGUGACAAGCAGUACCACAAACACCAGGAAUUUGACAACCACAUCAAUUCUUAUGACCACGCUCACAAGCAGAGGUUGAAAGAUUUAAAACAAAGGGAAUUUGCUCGAAAUGUGGCUUCAAAGUCAUGGAAAGAUGAGAAGAAACAGGAAAAAGCACUCAAGCGGCUCCACCAGCUUGCAGAGUUACGGAAGCAGUCAGAAUGCAUCACUGGGAGUAGAUCAUUGCUUAAAGCCCCCCGAUUAGUCAUGGAAAAGCAACAAUCACCCGACAGCAUUUUCUUGUACAAGGGCAGCAAGUUCACGGCCAGUUCUCAAAGAAUGGCCAUGACUGAAGGACAAGGUUUCUCCAGCAGUGUAAUAGAGAAACAGCAGCUUGUCGUAAGCAGGCAUCAGUCCCCUACUGAAAGACCGCGUGCACUUGGAAAUCAAGUCCCACGAGUGUUCCCAGACAGCACCAACACUUCUCAAAGGGCAGGAGUGUCCUUCUCAUUCUCUAAAAAAGUCCCUUUGAAGCUCGAGUCCUCAGCAUCAGUCUUCAGUGAGAACUCUGAAGAAGGAAAUGAUUGUAGUGAGUCCCUCAACCAUAAAACAAAGCAAGCUCUUGAGAGUUGCCUUUCUGGCACAUUUUUGGACGAGGAUGUGAAAGUAAGCUUGGAUAUAGGGCCACAUAUUACACAAGUCCAAAUGGAUUUGGAUAACAGUACAUCAAGUCAUGUAGCUGCAAAACUUAAAAUGCUAAAGGAAAAUGAUAAAACUAGUGACAGAGAAUUAGAAGAAAAGGUCAGUGCUCACUCUUCAUUUUCCAAAGGUAAAAUACAGCUUUCAAAUUUGGAUUUUUCUGGUUCACUUAGAGAGACAGAGCAAGAAAGCAAAUUGAAUGAGUCUGAGCAAUUGUUAGAAACUUUCAUUUCACCUUCAUGCCAAGCUAGCAAUUUUUGUCUGCAGCCAAACACCUACAAGCACAGCAAUGCCCACCUGCCUGACCAGUUACCUGAGCUCCCACAACAGCCAGCACCUGAGCUGACAUGCACAAGCAACAUUAAUGACAGUCCUGGGGUGGUAAAAAGAGAAAGAUCUUUGGAAAGAUCAGAAACUACAAAUGGGAAUAUGGAAACACUUCCAAAGGAGACCAUGGCAAAAGAGGCCAAGCCCCAGGCAUUGCCUUUCCUCCAUGUAGUGAGCAAAGAUGGUACCACUGCUCUACAGUGGCCCACAGAAUUACUUUUGUUUACAAAAACUGAGCCCUGUAUUUCAUAUGGCUGUAAUCCAUUGUAUUUUGAUUUCAGACUCUCUUUAAAUCACAGAGAUGGUAAACAGCAUGAAACAAGCAAAACAAGCUAUAAAGAGCACUCUAUAAAUAAGAUUGCAGAUGAAAAUGAAGCCUCAGGUUUAAUAAAACACACACAAAUGUCAAAUGAACAAGAUAAUCAGUUGUUGAAACCAAAGAAGAUGAAAGGUUCCCUAAAUUCAAGAAAGGCCAAGCAAAAAGCUGAGUCAGACAUAGGAGAUGAGAACGGUCAAAAAUGCAUUGCAGAUUAUUUGAAUGAAAAUAUACCCAAAGUGCCUGCUUACCUUGAUGUCUCACAAAAGGAGUGUGUGACAGAAAAAAGUCUUCGUACAACAACAGUGAGGAGACCUUUAAAGCAUCAUUUUCAUAGCUGUGAAAGAAAAAACCAGAACAUUCGAAAUGAAAGCAUUUCUUUUUCUGCUUUUAUGUCUAGGAUUAAGAAGUCUAAAGCUGCAAAAUGUCACUUAAUUUAUUCUGAAACAAAAUGUGAAAGCCAAAAUGACUGCAGAUCCAUUCAAGAUGUGGCCAGCUGUAGCAGUGAUGUAAGUGACAGUGGAAAAGACUCUAGUAGAAGUCUCCUUAGUUAUAAAUCCAGUUCAAACAACAGGUAUUCAGAAAAUGAAGGAUGUGGAAGUUAUACGAGAUGCUGGAGAUUCCCAUCUCCUCAAAAGUCCUCCUCCGACAGACAUUCCAGCUAUUCUGACACUUCAGUUAGCAGUACAAGUAGCUACAUGAGCUACAUGAGUCCCGCAUCAAAAAAUCACAGCAGAAAUAAUUUGCUUUUUUGUUGUAAAAGAAAAAGUAAGACAGCUGAAUGGCACAAAUGUAAACACAGAAAGCACAAGUGUAUUUUCACUUCUGAUGAUACAGAUGAGGAUUAUCUUUGUUGUAGUAGAAGUCACAGAACUAGAAACUGUACACAGAGGGGUACAAUUAAAUAUCAAAGAUGUUCAAGACAUAAAGUUUUACAACACAGAGACAGAUCUAAACACAGCAGAUGUAGACACCGGCAUUUUGGCAAAGUGCAUAGUAGAAGUAGAAGCUACCAUAGCUCCAAAAGUUGUUCCAUCAGAGGUUCCAGAAGCAGUGAAAGAUCAUCUAGUAGCAGUAUAUUAAGAGGUAGCAGUUCAGGAUCCUUCCCUAAAGAGACUGACAACUGUGACAACAAAACAAAAGAGGAUACAGAAAGAAUUUCUAACACUGAACUGGGAAAAGCUGAAACUGCACAUUAUGAAUCUCUGAAUGAGAAUAAUCAGUCAAAAAACUUUGCCACCUGUUCUUCUGAAAUCCUGGCAAAAGACAUACGUGGAAAAAGAAAGUCACUGACAGCCAAGUUGCUUUUAGAAAGAGUGCAGUCCAAGAAAACCCAGGAACAAAUGCAUGACUCAGAAAGAUUUUCAAACACUUGUGGGGUAGAAUUAGAGGAUCACUCACAAAGUCACUUUGCUCUUCAGUUUUCAUCAUCAGUAGAUGACAUUGCAACGUUACCUUUGCCAGAGAAACUGCUAAGCAUAGGUGAAAAUGUCAUGGGGCAUAAUGAAAUCAGUUCACUGGAAACCAGUGUGAAGAAAAACAGCUUUGAAGGGCCAGAGAUAACUAAUGUUGCUCUUUCAACAGGCACUGAUUAUGAUCAUUGUCUUUUUAAAGACAUCAUUCAAAUAGGAACAGGCUAUAAGAGCCCAAGCAUAAAAAGGAACACAGCAAUAAAGGAACAAUCCAAUCUCUUCAUUAGCAAAGCGCAACCCUUUAUACAAAGCUGUGACCCAGUACCAAAUGAUUUCCCUGGUGCUUUUUCCUCUAAUAGAUACUCUGUUGUUGCUAAUUCAACAGAGACCAAAGAACUACACGAUGUAAACAUGGACCCAAACCAGGAAGAAGGCGGUUCAGACUCUCUUUGUGACAAUGCUAUGCAGAAGUAUGCUGACACAGUAAAUGACCUUGAAGUGUACCGUAAAUCCACCUCCCCUCCUUUAACACAGCAGCCUAUCACCUUUUCACCAGAGGAGGUAGACAAAUACAGGUUACUUCAGCUGCAAGCCCAGCAGCAUAUGCAGAAACAGCUUUUAGCAAAACACCUGAAAGUUUUGCCUGCCCCAGGACCAGCUGCCUUCUCUGCAACACCAGCAGUUCCUGCCCUCCCUGUUCAGCAGCAUGCCACUGUCACCACCAUCCACCACACACUAUUGCAACGCUUUGCUGUCUCAGCAUCUGUGCAUCCCCACAGCAACCAUCUCUCCCUGGCACACCUCCACCCCCUCUCUCAGGCCCAUUUCACUCCCAUAUCACUUUCCCCUUUAGCACCAGCCCUUAUUCCCACCCACCCUGCUUUGCUGACAGGACACCCGUUGCACUUGGUCUCCACCUCCCCCCUCCACCCUUCCCCACUGACCUUCCCCUCCCCUACCCUGUCACACACUGCAUAUAUCCCAGCCUUAUUUACACCACACCUGAAUGCAGCCACACCUGCUAUAUAUCCAAAUCCAUUAGUCCAGCCAUUAUUCCAAGGGCAAGAUCCCCACCACUAUUCGUGCUCUAGCCAGACCCAACAGUUACCUACAAUAAAAGAAGUUUUCAGUCUUUCUAGCUAUUUAAACUAG